CUCUCUUUUUCUUCUCUUGUCAUUGCAGCUACGUGGGUAGGAGGAGGGUACAUUAAUGGUACGGCGGAGUAUGUCUUUACGCAAGGCUAUGGGCUUCUCUGGACACAGGCCCCAUGGGGGUAUGCUGCCAGCUUAGUUCUUGGUGGUCUUUUGUUUGCCAAGCAGAUGAGAUCCCAAGGCUACGUCACCAUGCUGGACCCCUUCCAGCUCAAAUAUGGCUCCCGUAUGGGGGGUCUGCUCUUCUUACCAGCCCUCAUGGGGGAACUGUGCUGGUCUGCUGCCAUCCUUUCUGCUCUAGGUGCAACAAUUAGUGUUAUCUUGGAUCUGAACAUGGAGAUCUCAGUGACCAUCUCGGCCUGUAUAGCAGCGUUCUAUACGUUCUUUGGAGGACUCUACUCGGUAGCUUACACCGAUGUCAUUCAACUCAUCUGCAUCUUCUUUGGCUUGUGGCUAUGCAUACCUUUCGCCCUGACCCACGAAGCCGUCCUACCAAUCACAAACACAUCCAGCGAAUGGAUCGGUACAUGGGACAACAAGUAUGCCGGCGUCUGGUUUGACUAUGCCCUCCUACUGAUGUUUGGCGGUAUUCCAUGGCAGGUAUAUUUCCAGCGUGUCCUGUCGUCCAAGACUGCCGAGCGAGCCCAAUGGCUCUCCUACGUUGCUGCUGGCGGCUGCAUUAUCAUGGCGGUCCCUCCUAUACUCAUUGGAGCUAUUGGCUACAGUGCAGAUUGGUCUCAAACUAAGAUAGACCUCAACAAGACGAGACCUGACGAGAACCCAGCUCUGAUUCUACCUCUUGUCAUCCAAUACCUAACGCCCCCAUGGGUCUCCUUCGUUGGUUUGGGUGCCGUGUCCGCUGCCGUCAUGUCCUCCGCGGACUCGUCUAUCUUGUCCGCCAGCUCCAUGUUUGUCAGAAACAUCUACAAGCUCGUCUUUAGGCAGGGGGCAACAGAACGUGAGCUCCUCUGGGUUCUCCGCCUCUCCAUCGUCGUGGUGACCGCUCUGGCUCUCGUCAUGGGGCUGACCAUCAAGUCUGUAUACGCCCUCUGGUUCCUCUGCUCUGACUUUGUCUACGUCAUCCUGUUCCCUCAACUCUUCUGCGUGGUCUACUUCAGCAAAGUCAACACCUACGGUUCCUUCUUUGCCUACAUCGUGGCCUUGUUUCUACGUCUGGGAGGUGGCGACACCACGCUUCGCAUACCUCCUUUCAUCAAGUACCCGCUGUACAACGACGUGGAUGGGCAGUUGUUCCCGUUCCGCACCUUCGCCAUGUCGAUGUCCUUUUUAACUUUAGUCAUCGUGUCCUAUUUGACGAACUUCAUUUUCUUGAAUGGCUACCUGAGGAAGCAGUUUGAUGUCUUUCAGUGCAUCGUGAACAUUCCGGAGCUCCAUCGUGAGAAGUACGACACGGUGGACGGCGAGAACCUGCAGUUGAAGACGAUACAGACGGACGGCCCAGUGGACGGGAUGCAGCCCGGUGCCAAUGACCUCUUGCAACGAGACAAGCUCCUCGAUCUCGGCCGCAGCAUCAUUCCAGGAUCGAUAUCCAAAGAACCGCUGAAGGACGACAUGGAUGAUUCUCCGGAGAGUCCUGAUUCACCGGAAUAACACCAGCAGUCCUAGGCUGUAGUCAAUUGUAUUGCAGAUAAAUUAUGCUGUGUGUGUUUGUGUGAGAGUGGAUGAGAGUGAGAGAUAUCGAUAGAGGCAGUGAGAGAGGAAAAAAUGUAUGAGAGUUCUUACUAUAAUAUUGAAAUCAUGAACAGUUUUUUAAAGUAAGCAUCUGUACUUUCAAUGAGGCAUUUCUAUAAUUACAUGUAAGAGUAAAACUUUGAAGCAUUGAGAAUGACAUCAUUUCUGCUGUCUAUGACACAUUGUCUUCCCUACAUGUAAACCAUACCCUCUUCAGUCCUAAAGUAAUUUCAGCGUAAGUCAUCCGAAUCUGAAAGUAACCUUCUUUAAUCUGUUUUAGGUUGGUAGGGGAUUAGGUGUACAUUGUCUCAGUUACAGAUCUGUUCUGGUUUAGAAGGGGUGCGAUGGUGCAUCCCUGCUAAUCCGGAGUAGUUGCUUUGUGGCAUGAUACUGCUGCAGACAACUGUUUCUGAAAUCUUAUCCCUGCUGUGCAAGUAAAGGCCUGUUAACAUAUGGCUAAACCACAAAUGUUCCCUUUUUUGUGUGGAAAUGAAUUCUAAGUGGGGAUUUAAAGAGUACCAUUUACAUCAAAGGACAUACUGUACCCACUUACAUGUAUCUGUGUGUUAUGAGACGCAGAAAUAUGAAGUACACUAUACUUGCCGGUUUGGCCUGGCAGUUUACCGCUGCAAAUGCGAACAAGACUUAAAUUUAUACUAUUCGUAAAUGAACUUUCAAUGAAUUAGGUGGUUUUAAUUCUUCCGGUUUUACUCAGGGCAUGCAAUAUCCAGCUUGGGAACAAACUUCACAAAUCAAAUAGGUUUGUUUCAGGAGGAAAAAAUAGAAGAAAACGAAAGGCUGACUCCAAACAUGCACUACACCAUUGCUGUUUCUUGAGUGGGAAGAGUCAUCUGUUCAUAGCCAGAAGGGCGUUUAACAUAUGUGUCAAAGCAAAGGAGUUGGUGCCCUUCUGGCUCUCAGCAGAUGAGUACAGUGCUGAUAUGCUAUGACAGACUACAUUCCAAAAUAUGUCAUAAAUUCAUUCCUGUCAGAAAAUGUUCUUGUUCUCUCAGACCAAGUGAAAUAUCAUUCCUUUUUCAUACUAUUCUAAUAUUUUUGUCCUUGAGAAGGUAGUCUGAAAAAUGUGAGGUACAAUGAGUUAACCCAUAGCAGUUCAGACUUCUCUUAUUUUCUAAAUCAGUUUUCCCUCCUUCAAUUGGCUACAUUUAAUCUACAGUCAAACCUGUCUAUAGCAACCACCCAAGGGAAACACAAAAGUGGUCUUUGUAGACAGGUUCCUUUAGUAUAUGUUUCAAUGAGAAACCAUUUUCAAGGGAAACCAAAAAUGUGGUCUUUGUAGCUAGGUGGUCACUAAAGCAGGUUUGACAGUAUUUUCCACUCCUUCAUUGUUUGAAGAAAAAUUGGAAUUUUCAGGCCUAUAAAAUAACAAAUGUGAAAGAGCAUAGCAAAAUUGAAAGUGAUGUUUGUUUACACCGUGACGUUGCCAAUUUAGAGACUCUAAUGAUUAUUAACAAUUGAAUCACUCUCAUUCGAGCUUUGAUCGCCAAUACUACGUUGGAAACAGAAUCAAGAUUUUCUUUGAUGACUGCUCUUUCUGAUCAUGUAUAAAGUUUAAUUCCUAGCAUUGUGGAUCAAAAGAUAAUGAAAGAAAGAAAAAAAAUAGUUAUUAAAGAAGACACUGUGCUGUUAUGGGUUAAAUAGGAAAGGUAGUAGCCUGUGUUUUAUUCGAUGGCACAUUUACUUUCCCAAGAUGCAAACAUCAGUGGGUGAGGACCCAUUAUAAUGGGGAGGGGGAGAAGGGGUACCGCCCUUUCAGGAAAACCCUUCAGUCUACUACUUCUCCCAAAGCCUACGAUGCUGCUUCGAGUAUAGAGAACAGAGAAACGUAAUACUGAAUAUUCUUGGGAAGGAACCAAAGACUUAAUAAUCAUGUUAGCUGAAUAUUCGAGAUAUGCAAUUAGCGUAGAGUGGGGGCACUGUGAUAGUGUUCACAUUUAUAAAGCUGUUGACCUUUGUCAGUUAUGCAUGUUUCAGUUCUUCUAUAUGUCAGAUAAAUUAUGUACAGCAAUGAUUCUAUUGAGAAUUUUAACUUUAUGAUACGUACUACAAAUAUUUGUGUGUGUGUGUGUAUAUUGACGAGAGUUUGCAAUUUAAUAUACAGAUCAAUUAUAGUACAGGUCAAAAGCAGGUCGUCGUGUACCAAAAAGCAUUCUUUUGUGUCUGUGCUUUCAUUGUAAUUUAUUAAGUUAGAGGUUUCAAUUGAAUGGAGCAUAUCAGUUCAAUUUGAUUUGGUGUUUAAUUGGUAUUGCAUUUAUUCCAUAUUUUUACUUCAGUUUUUGUCAACAUUCCCAUUUAGAAGUAUACGUGAAUUUGGAAUAGUUUCCCAUCGCCAUAUUAUAUAUAUCUUUUGUGCAUAAAUGUGCCUAAUGGAUAUGUACAGUCAUUACUGUCCAUAAGAAUCUAAACUUGCUGUUCUUCAUUCCUCUCUCCGUCGCUGUUUAUUAAAUCAUAUAUAUAUCUUGAUUCAUGCAAUUCUGUGACCAAACUUUCUAUAUAGGGAAUUGACAAAGAUCAACAAUGAAAUUCAAUACAUACAUGUAUAUAUCUUUUCAGCAAACAUCCUUAAUAGGAGUUCAUCUUUAAUAAGGUAAACUGUUUCGGUACUAGCAUGUUGUUUUUGUUUUUGCCUCAUAUGUAUGAAAAAUGACAAACGGCGUCGAUUUCAAGAAGAGGAUUCCAAGCAUGGAGGAGAAGGAAGUUUCAAGCAAUAUUAAUUUUACCACUGGAGAGUUUUCGUUCACUUGUAUAGAAAGCACUUGCAACUUUGAAUGACUAGAAAAUGGGUUUUAAUCAAUAUUUUCUUUCUAGUAUAGAGGUAUCAGAUCAUUUCCUUUGUAAAAAAAAGAACAAUCAUGACUUAUAAGUUGUUUAUAUUCAUUUUAAACUCAUUUUGAUCUUUUCUUGUAUAUGUUGUAGGUAAUGAAAAUAUCUAUAUUUUGUAAACUUGGUGACAGUUUUGUUUCCUCUUAGAAUGUACAGUUCAGGUAUUAGAUUUUAAAGGAAAUGUGAAAAGUCAAUUUAUUGAUCUAUUUAAUGUGUACAGACUGUUAUUAUAUCGGUUAUAUUUUCCUGAAAAAGUGGGACAGUGGUGUAGACUUUAUCAUCCGUGUUAUAUAUGCAAAAUUUAUUGCAAAUAAGAUGUCCAUGUACUAGGUGUUCUUUCCUUCAAUUAAAGGGGAAAACUACAGAAGGUAAAGUAAAUAUUUCUUCGAUGUGACAGGCAAUAAUUGUGUGAUUUGUGCAUGAGCUAGAGAUUUUUAUCUGCAUUUUAUGCAACAUUUCCCCAUCCUCUGCUACCAUGCUUUAGUACUAUAGUGGUGUUCCCCCAAGACGAUUUUGAUGGAGGCUGUAUUUUGAGUUACCCAAUAAGUUCAAUGAGCCAUCUUUUCUUUCACUAGUGUACAAUAUUACUUAUUAAGAUGUCAUACCUAUCUUUUUAAACACUUUUUUUUGUUAUGGUCGUUUUAGGUUGCCAUGAAUGUACUUUUAGAAUUGACCAAUUUAUAUUGUAUCCCAAUUUUUAUCUGUCUACUUAUUAAUGGAUUUUUAAAAUCACAAAUUAUACCAUGCAUGUAGAACCUGGUUAAGCAGUUGCUUUCAUGUUACACCGGUUGUGUAAGCUUUCAACAUGUUGCCAAUCGAAGGAUUAUGAAGCUUAUUUUCCUUUUUAAAAUCCUGCAAUGAAACGUAAUAAGGUGUCGCAAAAAAAUAGAAUCAAUAUUUCCAAUAAUAUUUGCCCUUUAACUUGUGCAUCCGGUAUAUAUUUUACGGCUCUGAAUCAAAAUUUAGUGAGCCAAAAUGAUUUUGAUGUUUUGAUUGUCACAAAUUUCAGAUACUUAAAAUGAGCUUUCUUAGAUGUAUGGUUUAUAAUUAAUGUAUUGUUGCCUGAAUUGUUGCAGUGAAAUAAAUGGGUUGUUAUGCAGAUUCAUAGCACUGUUUCAUAAAACUUAAUAUUGUCAAUAACAAAUAGCUCCUGAUAUCAUUAAACUUGAUUGGUUGUGAGCAAAUGUAUCAAAUGAAUGUGGCACCAUAUUGCGAAUACCAAGUUUUAUAAAAUGGGCUCAGAUGUUCCAGGCUUUUAUGCAAUAUCUUUAACGGAAGCUAUCAGUUACAGUGCAAUGAUGAAAGUACAGGGUUACUAAACUUUUUAUGGCAUUGCAUAAUACAUUUAUCAGGUCUAAAUUGGAUGAAUCUAUCAUAGACAGCAUUUUAUUGACAGGCAUGGUAAUAAUCAUUUGCAGUGUAAUUUCUUACAUUCCCACUUCAAAUGAUGAACUUGAUAUUAAUUGUAGUUAUACGUGUAAAUACCCGUUUUUAUUAAAAUUGCAGACAAUGAAGAGAACUCAUUUAUAGAAUGUAUUAGGUGCUGUGUUGUACAUGUAGUAGGUUUUGUUUUAUACAUUAUGAAGUUUUCUCCCCAACUGUGCGGAUGAGGUGAUUAUUUUGUGAUACUGUGCACAAUAACAUUAUUAAACAUAUCUUCAGUUCAUUUGUCACUGCUGUCAGAGAAGAAUUAUAAUUAAAUGUUAUUCAUUCCCAAAUA